CAGUGAAGUCUGGCCCCACACCUGCGAAGCAAGCCGAAAUUGACCGCAGGCUAGCGAAAAAGGAAAAAAAAAAGGAAGCAAAGAAGAAACAGAAAGGAGAAGAGGCAAGGAAGAAGAUGAAAGAGAAGAUGGAGAGAGAGUUGGAAGAAGAGUUGAAGAGCAUAGAAGAAGAAGAAGAGACAGAACAGGAGGAAGAACAGACAUUGCAAAGACGUCGUCCCAUCGACAUUCCGGGGAGUAGUACAGCACAGAAACUUCCCGUUGAACCCUUGAAUUGGGCUCAUCAAUACUACUACUCCAGCGAAUUACCGAAAGAGUCGGAAGAAGAACGUGAUGUGUUCAUUGCCAAGCUGGCCACGGUGACAGAUACCGUGGAGCGAAACCUGAUGAUGGAAGAAAAAAGGGUUGAGUUGCACAGUAAAUUGCUAGCAACUAGAAGACAAGAAAUUGAUGAAAAGAAAAGACUGCAGGCAGAAGUGGAAAGACUGCAAAAGGCCCUAGAAGCCCAAAAGGAAGACCCCUCUGCAACUGAAGUUCAGGUAGCCUUACUCAGAGAAGCAGUGCUUAACACAAGACAAGAUAUGAACUUAAUGCGUCAGACCCUGCAAAGAGUUGAAACGCAUCGGGUGGAAUUCGAAAAUGUCUGGAAUAACUUCUUAGAGAAGUCCGCGAAGGACGUGGACCAUCAUGUUCAGACAUAUAUCCAGGUUUUGGAYGAUCAUGUCACUAAAACAUUCACCCCGRAAGUCGUAGAGAGGAUUGUAAAGGGAGCUGGAGAUGACGGAGGAGAUGGUGAUGGCGACGGCGAUGAUGAUAAGAAAGGAAAGAGGAAGAUUGGGGAUCCGAAMGAAAAGCUUCCUCAGGAAACCGAGCAGGUCAACAAGAUAAAACUUAAACUGCCCUGGACCUACAAUGGAAAAAAAGAAGAAAGUGUGUUAUACUGGGCGGCAACAAUCGAAACUUACGUGUACGGACAGCGUAUCCCAUACUGGGACACGGUGUUGAUGGCAACGUCGUGCAUGGGACGAGACGCCAUGAGCUUUGCCAUCUCGCUGCAAAAAGAGGCGGGAUGCAGCUCUAUGGUCGAAUAUUCGCAGCAAAUGCGUAUUGAGGAUUUCCUUAAAGCG